AUGGCUGGGGGAAAGAACAGUACAACAAUUACAAAGUUCAUUCUCUUAGGAUUCUCUGAAUUUCCAAAGCUCACUGCUGUCCUCUUUUCAGUAUUCCUAGGGAUCUCCCUCAUGACAGUGUCCUGGAACAUGGGCCUUAUCAUGCUUAUCAGGAUGGACUCUCAUUUGCACACACCUAUGUACUUUUUUCUCAGUAACCUAUCCUUGCUGGACAUCUGCUAUGUUUCCACCAUAGCCCCCAGAAUGCUCUCUGAUUUCUUCAAGAAGUAUAAAUUCAUCUCCUUUAUGGGAUGCACCAUGCAAUACUUCUUCUCUAGCCUGGCUCUCACUGAGUGCUGUCUCCUGGCCGCCAUGGCUUAUGAUCACUAUGCUGCCAUUUGCAAUCCUCUCCUCUACACAGCCAUCAUGUCCCCCACCCUCUGUGUGCAGAUGGUGGCAGGAUCUUGUGUAACUGGAUUCUUUGGCUCAUUCAUUCAACUAUGUGCCUUAUUUCAGCUCCAUUUUUGUGGACAAAAUGUCACCAAUCAUUUCUUCUGUGACCUGCCCCAACUGCUAAUCUUAUCUUGCUCUGACACCUUUUUCUUUCAAGUCAUGACAUCUGUGCUCACAGUGAUCUUUGGGCUCACAUCUGUCCUGGUUAUUAUAAUAUCCUAUGGUUAUAUCAUUGCCACCAUUCUUAAGAUCACUUCAUCUGAAGGCAGGUCCAAGGCCUUCAAUACCCGUGCUUCUCACCUGACAGCAGUAACCCUCUUCUUUGGCUCAGGUAUCUUCAUUUAUAUGUAUCCUAAUUCUGGUGAUUCCCUGAGCCAAAACAAGUUGGUAUCUGUCUUAUACACUGUUAUAAUUUCCAUGCUAGAUCCACUGAUCUACAGUCUAAGGAACAAGGAAAUCCAAGAUUCCCUAAGCAGAUGGAGGAAGACAAUCUUUUCCUGGUGUUACUAA